AUGUUAGCGCUGGACUACGUGCUGCAGCUGCCUGGCUUGUACAGAGGUCAGGACUAGAGGACUUGGGUGUGGACCAGAGGAUUGGUUUGCUGUUGUUGACACAGUGAGUACAGUCUGAUGACAGACAUACUGUAUGAGGCUGGGCUCAAACGGUAUGAACAGGACUUCUUAGCAAGUUAAUCUCUAUCUCAGAGAUAUAUCUGGAUUAUUGAUGUGGAGUGCUGUGAUGGGAGUAUUAUUGACAUUAAUUCAUUGUUUUAUGAGACCAAACAUAACCAUUUAUUUACUGUGUUGGAAAGAAAUGAUUCUUAAUACAAGUGGAUCAUUUAUAGUAUAAGUAACAUUAACUUUGACCUUAAUCGAUGGAUUGAAAUUAAUUACUUGCAAUAAUGUUUUUGCUGUGUUGUGCAUGUUAAAUGGAUGUUGUGUUAGUAGAUAUUCUACUCUAUAUUAUAAGGAAGAUCACAUUGUAUUCUAGGGAUAUAAAAAUGAUAUUUCUCCCCACAUAUUUUCCAGCGUUGUCUGUGUCCUUUGGGUCUGAGAUGAGAGAGCUAGUGUCCACUCUGUUCCUCUUGGGGGCGCUGUAUCUCAAUGUGAGAGUCCAGACCUCCUUCCUGAAGGAAGGAGCAGGUACAGCAUUCAUCAUCAUCAUCAUGCCUAUGAGAGUUUCUGAACUAUGGGGCCUUUACAAUACACUCUGUAAAACAGUACUAAAAUCCCUGUAUAUGUUUACAAAAAAGUACAAAUCAACACAUUUGUUAAAAUGAAAAAAGCAGCUACUUUGCAUCACCUCAACACCAGUUACAGUAGGCUACAUUAAUGUCUCAACCCUCCUCUCUCUCUCUGUCUCUUCUCUCUCUGCUGUGGUCAGUGGUGUGGGAGGGUGCGCUGCCGUGCGGCCGCUGGGACUGUGAAUGUGUGUUUAAGUGCCAGUGUAUUCUAGGGAUGCUGCUGUGCUGCUCCGUGAGCUGGAGAAGCAGGUGUUCACCAGGAUUAUUGGUCUGUGGCACGGCCUGUGCCAGCUGGACGACAGUGUCGAGGAUGUCACAGGCACCAACAGUAUAGAAACAUUAUAUCUGGUACACAGACCAGGGUGGGAAGGGGUGACAUUCUCAUUCUAUGGAUGACCUCACUGCUAACAGAGGCCAGGCCAGCUAAUAAUAUAUGCCUCAAUACACAUGACCUUGUCUCUAUCUGACUGUCUGUCUCUCUCUCGCUCCCUUUAUCUCGCUCUCCCUCUCUCUCCUCCCCCGCUCUCUCUUUCCUUCCCCGAUCGCUCUCUCCUCGCCCUCCUCCGAUCUCUCCCCAAGGGGAACGCAGGUGGCAUUCACAGCCACCAUGAGUCCCACAAGCCACUGCUUUGACCCCUUCACCAGUAACGUGCCCAUUUCCUACACCGAGAUCUCCUUCAACUAUGGCAACGGCUACAACCCUGCCCUGGGUACGCAUACACAGUAAAUGAAACACAAUACACAACAUACAUACACAAUACACUCAAUAAAGAUCCUACCUUGGACAGCCAUCCAUCCAUUUUAACACCUCCAUCCCUCUGCUUCCUCUCCCUCCACGUGGGUUCACACCCCCCUUCUCGGCCUACUCCAACGUGGGCAAGGUGGGCCAAAGGCUGUACCACAAGCUGCAGCUGAUGAGGAACGGGGAGGUGGUGGUGUCCACAUGGGAGGGCAACUAAGAGGACUCGGAGGAUAGCGGCUCCCAGUCCUGGUCCCGCUGGACAGAGGCAGCCAGGUGUAUGUGGAGCUGCUCUCUGGAAGACAGCUGUGUGGAGACCUCAGCGGACAGAACAAGUUCUCUGGAUACCUGCUCUACCCCACAGAGGCCUGA